CGCCGCCGCGGGGCGAAGCGGAUUAAUCCAGCACCGAAAUGACGUGAUCCCCCCGUUCCAUUCCGUCCACCCUCAUCACUGCACCUGCCGCUGCCGGCCUUGAAAAAUCCCACCACCUUCCUCUCCCUCCCUGCAUCACUCAUUCCUCCCCCCGACACUCCCCAGUCCCCACUCCACAGUCUACUCCAACGCGCCACCGACCGGUACGGUUGCGCCGGCACAAUGCAGCCGCCUACCACCCUCCUCCCGCUCGUCGCCGCCUCCCUCCUCCUCCUCCUCCUCCUCGCCGCCACCCCGACGCCCGCCGCCUCCCGCCACCACCGCCCCGCGGUCACGGAGACGCUCGAUGUCUCCGCCUCCCUCUCCCGCGCCCGCGCCGCGCUCUCCACCGACGCCGCCGCCGCCGCCUCGCUGCACCAGUCCGCCGCCGCCGCCAAGCCGAAGCCGAAGCGCUCCCCGCGGUCGCAGAAGGGCGCCGGCGCCUCCUCGUCCUCCCUGACGCUGCGGCUCCACUCCCGGGACUUCCUCCCGGGUGAGCAGGGCCGUCACGAGAGCUACCGCUCCCUGGUGCUCUCCCGCCUCCGCCGCGACUCGUCCCGCGCCGCGGCGGUGUCGGCCCGCGCGGCGCUGGCGGCGGACGGCGUGACCCGGCUCGACCUGCGCCCCGCCAACGCGUCGGCGGUGUUCGCGGCCUCCGCGGCGGCGAUCCAGGGCCCCGUGGUGUCCGGCGUGGGGCAGGGCAGCGGCGAGUACUUCUCCCGCGUCGGUAUCGGGAGCCCCGCGCGGCAGCUCUACAUGGUGCUCGACACCGGCAGCGACGUCACCUGGGUGCAGUGCCAGCCCUGCGCCGACUGCUACCAGCAGUCGGACCCCGUCUUCGACCCUUCCCUCUCCGCCUCCUACGCCGCCGUCUCCUGCGACUCUCCGCGCUGCCGGGACCUCGACACCGCCGCCUGCCGCAACGCCACGGGCGCGUGCCUCUACGAGGUGGCCUACGGCGACGGCUCCUACACCGUCGGCGACUUCGCCACCGAGACGCUGACGCUUGGCGACUCCCAGCCCGUCAGCAACGUCGCCAUCGGGUGCGGCCACGACAACGAGGGCCUCUUCGUCGGCGCCGCGGGCCUGCUCGCCCUCGGCGGCGGGCCACUCUCGUUCCCCUCCCAGAUCUCCGCCACCACCUUCUCCUACUGCCUCGUGGACCGCGACUCCCCCGCCGCGUCCACGCUCCAGUUCGGUGACGGCGCCGCCGAGGCCGACACCGUCACGGCCCCGCUCCUCCGCAGCCCGCGCACGAGCACCUUCUACUACGUCGCCAUGACGGGGAUCUCCGUGGGCGGGCAGGCGCUCUCCAUCCCGACCUCCGCCUUCGCCAUGGACGCCACCUCGGGGUCCGGCGGCGUCAUCGUCGACUCCGGCACCGCCGUCACCCGGCUCCAGUCCGCGGCCUACGCGGCGCUCCGCGACGCCUUCGUCCGGGGCACGCCGUCGCUGCCCAGGUCCUCCGGGGUGUCGCUGUUCGACACGUGCUACGACCUGUCGGGCCGGACGAGCGUGGAGGUGCCCGCGGUGUCGCUGCGGUUCGAGGGCGGCGGGUCGCUGCGGCUGCCGGCGAAGAACUACCUGAUCCCAGUGGACGGCGCGGGCACCUACUGCCUGGCGUUCGCGCCGACGAACGCCGCCGUGUCCAUCAUCGGGAACGUGCAGCAGCAGGGCACCCGCGUCAGCUUCGACACCGCCAAGGGCGCCGUCGGCUUCACCCCCAACAAGUGCUAGCCUGGCACUGAUGGCAGGGCGGGCUUAAUUAUCCGGCUAAUCGCCGGCGUUGUUGUUAAUGACUAGUGGAAGAGUUGUUAAUUAGCAGGGAGGCGAGUAAUUAGAGGAGGUAAUUAAGGUUAAGCGGGUCGGUUGUGGGGUCGGGAGGAGCAGGACCCACCUGGGGUCUACCCUGGCCCUGCAGCAGCUGCCGGUCUGGGGAGACGCGAAAGGCGAAGGCGAGGACAGCUGAUGCCGCGCCAGCCUGUGCGGUGGGGUCCUGUGUUUUUUUCUCGGUCUUUGAGUAUGGAUGGGGUACGUGCUCGCGUGUCGUCGGGGCUGGGGUUGGGGUGGGUGUGCAUGGAUGUGCGUGCGUGGAGCCGUGGCAUGACCAACUACCUCAUGCCAUGGGGUGCUCCUGUGUCUAUUUAAAUUUCAUUUCAUGUCCAGAAAAAUGGAAGUUUCCAUCCCUCGGAAACACACUUACAAGUGACUUUAAUC